AAUGCGCCUUCGAGCGCGAGUCAACGCAAUGCGAAGACAGCCAACCCAGUUGACGCAAGCUCAUUUGAGCUUGCCUUUUGAAGAUACGUACGCAUAUUAAGCAGCCUGUCAAUUCUGAAUACAAAAUGGCUUCACCAGCAACACUCUCGACGGGCGAUGACCAGCGCUUUCAUGGUGGAGGGCCGUUCGCGACCGCCUCGCAAGCGGUCCCUUACUCGCCCCUGGCGACACCAAGCAGGUCAUCGAUGCGCCCCAAGGAGGGAACUGUCCGGCGAGCUGGGAGUGUCGCUGCAAGCGUGCGCUUCUCGGGCGUGCAUUAUCAGGAGAUAGCUGCGGACCCCACCGACCACUUGGAGGGCGUGGGUCCCAUGCGUGGUCGCAGUCCUCAGGGAGUCAAAAAGAACAUCUUCAAAAAGUACUUUGACGAGUUCAACACCUACGCGCUCAUGGUCUCGCCUGUCUCGCCCAGCCGUGCGCCGCCCGCCUUCCGAAGCGGUGGCGGCGGCUCCGUCGCCUCCGCCCCGGCCACGCCCACCUCUCGCCGCAGCCUGGGGGGUGGCGCAGGAGCCGGCCUCAUUGUUCGCGCCGGCAGCAUCGCUCGCGGGGGCGGCGGCGGAGCUGUUGGGGAGUGGGACGCGCCGUGGACGCCGAUCAGUGCGGCGGGUGUGAGCACGACGCACGUGCCGUCGGAGUGGGACUCGCCGCGGCCGCGAUGGGCGGUGGGUCGGCGGAAGGGCAUGGGGGCUGCUGGCGGCGCAGCGGAGCCGGGAGACGGCCCGCUGCACGCCGCCACCCGGCCGGUCACGUGCGGCGGGCCGCUGCCCAGUCACGUGGCGGCGCUGGACGAGCUGCUGGCCAAGAGCUGGAGCCGCGCCGAGGUGGAGGCGGCGCAGUCGUGGGGCUUCUUUCGGCGCCUGGUCCCGCACCUGGGCGUGCCGCCGCUGCAGGCGCCAACAGCGCUGCUGCUGGGCCGCUGCGCCCGCCUGCAGCCGGGGCUGCUGCCGCCGCUGACGGCAGAGCUGUGCGGCGCGCUGCCGGUGCUUAUGGCCAGCCCGCGCCUGGACGUGCGGCAGGCGAGCCUGUGUCUGCUGGGCCUCCUGUGGCGCGCCACUGCCGCCGGCGACAGCCAUGCCCGCGCCCAUCUGCUGAACAGCUCCGCACUGCUGACCGCGCUGACCACUCGUGUUGCGGAAGGUGACUUCGACGCCAUGUUUGCGGCACGGGAGGUGGCGGCGGAUCAGAGGGGCGCGGUGGCGCUAGAAAAGGCUGGCGCGCUUCGAGCCGUGUGCGGCGCGCUGCGGAAGCUGGUGGCAGCUGCCCGCGCGGCGGCAGGGGAGGCAGAGGGUGAGGGUGCGGCCGGCACGGAUGGGGAGGAGGAGCCGGGUGGUGCAGCAGCAAGGGCGGCCGGUGCAGGGCCGGCCAAGUCGCCAGCCGCCAAAUCGCCAGCCGCCAAGUCCCCUGGGAAAAAGCAGCUAGCACUGGCAGGCGCAGGCAAAGGGGCGGGUGGCGGCGUGCGGGCGCCGCCUGGGCUGACGGGGCGCAGCCCCUCGCCCAGCAAGAAGGCGGUGGUGGUGAGCGUGGAGGGCGUCACGGAGGGCGGCGAGGAGACGGAGCGCGCCGCCGCCGGCGUCCUGGUCGCAGACUGCCUGGCGGCGCUGACAGCCGCGCUGCCCGCCGCCUCCGCCAUGGUUCGCCGUUAUCGCGUGCCUGAACGGCUGGUGGCGCUGCUACUCACGUGCCGCGUAGAGCCCGACCCGGACCCGGAAAAGGAGAAGGGCAAGGAGCAGGACGAGCAGAAGGCAGAUACGGACAAGGGCAAAGACCAGGAUCAGGAGCGCGGUUCGGCGGCAGCCGGAGGCGGCGGCGGUGAGGCGGGAGCGGCGGCAGCAGGGGCUCAGCAGGGUGUGAACAAGGCGACAUCGGAGUCUGGCAGCGAUAUCGACAUUGACAAAAUACUGAACGAGGACAGCAGCGAUGAGAAGCGCGAAUUGGAGAAGGGGAAAGACGAGGCUAAGAAAGAAGGCAGCAGCGGUGGGGCGCAAUCGGAACAAGCACCAGAAGAUGCCGCGGCCGCGGCAGGCGGGGAUGCGGAGAAGGAGAAAGGAAAGGAGGAGGAGGAAGCGAAGGAGGAGGGAGGUGACGAGGCAGCCAAGCGCAUGUCGGAAGGGCGGCGGCGCCAGCUGCAGUUGCAGGAGGCACUUCUGCGCUGCCUGCACACACUGGCGGCCUGCGGCAUGGGGAAGGAGCCGCAAGAGGCGGUACAGCGAGCUCUGCGGGACGCGGGAGCACCCGCCAUGGAGCGAUUGGCGCGUGUGCUGCAGGAGCACCACACGCUUGCGGGCUGCAGCUCCGCUGCCUACCUGUUGUGGCUGGCGGCGGCGGGCGACUACAGCGCCACCCCCGCCGCCGAGCUCAACGUGCUGCGCAGCCGCCUGGCCGCCGAGGCGCCGAAGCAGCCGGAGGACCGCAGCAGCACCAGCGGCUUCGGCGUGGUGGGCGCGGUGCGGGAGCUGCUGCUGCGGCACGUGGCUGUAGCGGCUGUAGCAGGAGGCGGAGCAGGGGGAGGCUGGCGGGAUGAGGAUCUCGGGGACGCGGUGGCUGAGGUGGGGACGGCUGUACCACCGCCGCCGCCACCGCCGCCGCCUGCAGCGGCGGCGGUGGUUACCCCACGCGGAGCGGGAGCCUCCAGGCUGGGCGGCGGGGGCAGCAGUGGCAGCGGCGGGGAUUCGGAGGGGCGGCUGCGGAGGUCGAUGGGCCCGGGCGCGAGCGGGGCGGCGCCGUCGCUACACACCGACAGCCUGCCCAGACCGCAGGACUUGGUGCCUGGUGACUCGCCGUUCACAUCCAGAGGCGCGGCCAGCUCUGGUGGUGGCGCUGGCGGCGAGAUUGGCGGCGGCGGCUCGAGGCGGGAGGUGACUGGCCCCAGCCUAGGCCUGGCCGCGCUACGUGUGGCGUCUGCGGCGCUGAUGCUGACUCCGCGGGAAAGCCGGCCGGGCUCGGGCGGGCACAUGAUAUCGCCACAGCGGUACGCAGCGGGGAGCAGCGAUGAGGAGGAUGAGGAGGGCGGCGGCGGCCGCGGCCGCGCCGCCGGCUUUGCGGGCGGCCGCCCCCGCGGCGGUUCGGGUGGGGGCGACGACCAGGACGGCGGCAGCAGCCUGGGCGGCGGGCGGGGCGGCGGCGGCGGCUCCGCCUCCACUCCGCCCGAGGACAUGGACCUGUCCAACAUCAUCGACAGCAGCGUGGAGCUCACGGGCAAGGAGUACAUCAUGCAGGCCAUCCAGGCGGCCGGCGCACUAGCAGCGCAGGAGGUGGGCGGCCUCUCCGGCCCCGGCCCCAGCCCAGACCCCCGCAUCAGCGGCGGCGCGGGCACCAUCGCGCCCAUGCCCAGUCCCGGCGAGCCCUUCCCGCCAGCCGGCAUUUUCGGCGAUGCCCAUGGAAUGGGCUCGCGCGGCCGUGGCGGGGCCGGGGGCGCCGAGGCGCAUGCGACGGGAGCAGGACACGGGUCCGCGGAGCAAGGCGGCUAUGGAAGGGAGGGUUUGCCGGCGGCGCCCGGGUCGGGGUCGACGCCCAUUGGCGCGCCGCGCAGCAGCCGCACGCCCGACUCGCACCUGCUUCAGCAACAACAACAGCAGCGACACGUGGGUUGGGCGCCGAGUGGCGGGCGGCUGGACGCCCUGCGGCCGGCGGCGCUGGAGCUCGCGUUGGCGGCGUCAUCGCCACUAGGGGCCGGUGGCGGCGCCGCCGGCGCCGCAGGCGCCUCGGGCUCCGCUGUGAUGAUGUUGCCGGGCAGGGGCGCCGCCAAGCGGAUACCGCUGCUGACGCUCAAGACGCGGUUGGGGGCGCUGCGCGCCGUGCGGCAGCAGCGCCGGCCGCGGCGGCCGCCGCCGUCUGAGUUCCAGGAGCUGCUGCGCAACUGCUUCGGGCUGCUGUCGGCGGUGGCGCUGAGCUCGUCGGGGUGUCGGGCCAUUUGCGAGGUGCCCAGGCCGGCUGCCGGCGAGGGCGGAGCGGAAGGCGGAGCGGAAGCUGUUGGAGGGAUCCUGCCGUUUGCGGCGGCGCUGCUGGAGACGGCGGCGGACGCGCCAGAGAGCCUGGCGGCAGCGGCUGUGAGCGGCAGCAGCACCGAGCUCAGGCUGCAGUUGUUUGCGCUCAUGGGCAACAUUGCGCUGCACUCGGACGGCGUGGAGGCGCUGACGUCGGAGGCGGCUGGCGCACCGCCGGGGCUGGUGGCGGCGCUGUUUGCCGCGGCGCGGGAGUCGCUGGCGCUGGUAGGCAGCAGCCCCACCGGAUGGCGAGAGGGGCAGCGACUGCUUGAGGCCUGUUUCACGGUGCUCACCAACCUGCACCGCGGCCGGGCCACGCUCAGCCCGCCGCCCGACCCCGCCACCGGGCGGCCGCAGGAGGCGUACGCGCUGGCGCUGAGGGCGCUGGCCAUGCAGCUGCCGGGAGCCAUGGGCGCGGCGGACCGGGUGCGGGUACGUGCCGCCGCCGCCCGCAUGCUUGACUCCGCCAUAGCCGCCUACGAGGGCGUGGGCGGCAGCGCCCCACCCGCCGUCGCGGAGGAGCUGAUGGCCCUGGUUGCCGCCGGCGGCGGCAUUGCUACAGCCUCCGCAGGCGCCUCAAUUACAGCUGCCGACGGCAGUAGCAGCGGGAGCGGGAGCGCAGGGGCUGGGGCCCGGGCCUUCGGCCCGGGCGCGGGCAAGGGGGAUGCGGAGGGCGGGGGUGGAGGCGGCGGGGCGGGAGGGCCGCGGGUGACGGAGGCGGCGGAGCGGGCCGCGUGCGACGCGGCGGCGGCGCUGUGGCAGCUGCUGGCGGCGGGUCAGGUGCACCCUGACGCUGCGGCCUCGGUGCUGACGCCGGCGCUCUCCGCCAUCCUGCGACGCACCGACGCCACUGCCGCGCUCACCAAAGGCGCGCUGGGCCUGGUGUCGUGCCUGGCCCGCUCGCCGCUGGUUGCCCGCCGGCUGUGGACGACGCCCCUGGUGCCGGCGGUGAUGAAGGCGCACGCGCGCGCGCGGAAGGCGGGAGAGGGCGAGGUGGAGGAGGCGGCGCGGGGCGUGUGCCAGCAGCUGCUGCGGGCUUGCCACCGGGAGGACCGCGGCAGCGUGUCUGACGCGGACCGGCGGGUGGACCGGUGGGGUCUGACGGAGCGCAUGCUGAGUCAGCUCAAGUGCCGGCUGGAGUGGGACGGUGGCGAGGAGGCCAUCAUGCUGGUGGAUUGGGAUGCGGAUUGAGGGCUUGGGUACGGUAUGGUACCGUAUGGUGGGUGGGUGGUUUGAGUGGGCGGUUGCGGGGGGGGGCAGUAUGGUACCGCGUUUUGACGCUGGCGUCGAGGGCGGCGUGCAGCGCGGCAGAGGUGUGAGCGCGAGCGGAGGGGUUACUCGGCAGCGGGCUGGCCUGGUCGGGGCUGCGUGCGUCGGUGGGUGGAUGUCUAUGGUAUCGCAAGGCUUGUGUG